AUGAAUAACAAUGAUUAUAAUAAUAAUAUCAACAUGAACACUUUGAAUAAUAUACAGAAUUUAAAUAUACCCAUUCAAAACAAUGGGAAUAAAUUUAUGAAUAAUAAUGACAUUCCUAUGAAUAAUAAUAAUUCACAACAAUUUAAUAUGACAUCAAAUAAUUUAAUUCAGAAUAAUACUUUUCAAAAUGGAUAUAAUCAAACUAUUGACUUUUCGAAUAUAGGGGGUUCUAAUAUAAAUGUCAAUCCUAUUAUGAAUAAUGACACAUUUCAUACAUAUAAUAAUAAUAAUAAUGUGGAAAAUUGUUAUAAUAACUUACAAAGUUAUAAUAAUAAUUAUAACAUACAAGGAUAUAAUAAUAAUAAUAACAUACAAGGAUAUAAUAAUAAUAAUAAUAACAUACAAGAUUAUAAUAAUAAUAAUAACAUACAAUGUUUUAAUAAUAAUAACAUACAAGCUUAUAAUAACCAACCUAAUUUAUCAGCCCUACCAAAUUUUAAUUGCACUCCAAAUUUAUUUUCUCCUGAAAAGCAAAAUGUGUCCAUAUUUGGAAGCAGAUCAAAGAAUACUCCUUUGUUUGGUAAUAAAACCGAAGUAGAAAAAAAAAAAGAAAUAAACAAUUUUAGACUUAGUGAUUAUGUUAGUAAAGAUAAAUCUAUUUUUGGUAAUAGACUCAAAGAGGGAAAAUCUCUUUUUUCAAAUCCACAAGGACAAAAUAAUAUUUCAUCAUAUAAUCCUAAUAAUAUGAUGAUGAAUGUAAAUAAUCAAAAUGAAAAUGUAGUAGCUAGCGGAAAUUCGAAUGUUAUGAAUUUAGGAGGAAUCUCAAAUAAUAAUUCAACAUCAUUUAUGUAUAACCAAACUAAUAAUCAAGAUAUGAACAUAAACAAAUCUAUUAAUUAUGAUAUAAAUGCAAGGAAUAAUUUUAUGUAUAAUCAAUUUAAUAAUCCUUCAGUUGAUCAUAUAAAAGAUCUUGAAAUGUACAAUAAAAAUAUAAAUAAUGUUAAUAAUGUGGAUAAUAAUAAUAAUAAUAAUAAUAAUAAUAAUCAACUCUUUUGUAAUCAAUUUAAUCCAACCAUAUCAGGGAACUUACAAAAUUAUUCCUCACAAAUAUAUGAAAAUAAUAAUCAGCUCAUACAAGAAAAAAAUCAGAAUAAUUUAUUAUCAUCCUUCAAUGCAACGAACCCUAUUGUACCAAAUUAUGAUAACUGCUCUCAAUAUAAUAAUAAUAAUAAUAUCUUAUUACAUUCAAGAAAUUCAUCCGUAAUUAAUCAAAAUGAUGGAAUUAAUAACAUCAUUAAUAAUAAUAUGAAUAACACGAAUCCAUUAGUUAUGUCAAACAAUUUUUCUAAUAAUAAUCAUAUAAAUUCAAACGAUCAAUUAUUCAAACAAGAAAAUCAAAUAGCUAGUAAUAUGAAUAUAAAUAAUAUGAAUCAAGCAAACACAUUAAAUAACAACGAAAUCGUACUAAAUAAUAAUAUGAAUGACAAUAAUUUAAAUACCAAUGUACAAACAAAUAAUGAUAAUGUUGACAAUAUGUUUAGUCAAACAAAGUAUACAAAUGAUGAUGAAAUUUCAUUUGAAAAAGAAUAUAUAGAAAGUAUUAUAAAUGAUCAAAAAGUUAAAUUCUUUAAUGAUAACUUUUUAAAAUUUUUAAAACAAAUUACUAAUCAUAAUAUUAAUAGUUAUAAUAUAAAUAGAUCUACUAUAUAUGACUUUCCAUCGAGCGGACCAGUUAAUAAUAGCUUGUUCUAUAUAAAUGCUAUUGAAGAAUGCAGAAAAGCAGAACGCUUUGAUGUUUCUGAUGAUGUUUAUCAUAAAAUUAUAUCAUUAAAUCAAACAAAUGAUAUGACAGUUAUCAAAAAUAUGAACAAAAAUAAAAAAAUAAAUAUAAGAGAUCUGGAUUUAGAUAUAUAUUAUCCAUUAUUACAUGUAGAACAAAUAAAAUUUAGACAAUCAAACCAAGAGCAAAAUAUAUUUGCAGCCAUUAAUGAAAAUUUCGAGCCUGGCAAUAUACCCCCGAACAUAUAA